AUGACCAGCGAGGAGCCCGACAACGUCCAGUUAGCGAGCCUGGAUUCCCGAACCGGGCAUUAUUCAGAGAACUCGGCACUGAAGGCCGAGAUAUCUCAAUUACAGGCGGAACUGGUCGACCUUAAAAACAUCCUUCUGGCACACAGAGAGUGCUGCGGCUCUUCACGGGUCUGUCCACACUCGAAAAGUCCGCCCUGCGACGAAGAGAACACGACAGCAAGCAACUAA